AUGAUGAAGGGCUGUGAGACACUGACAUGGAGGCUGGAGAAGAACGAUGAUGUUAGCAGCCAGCAGGUCAUCACUAAGGCAGAAGAAGAGCCGCUAGUGGAGCAGACCGAUGAAGACGAGACCAGCAGCCAACAGAAGAGUCGUCCAUGUUGGAGCUUCAGGUUCUCUCAGUUCAUCGUUCUGCAGCUCCAGGUUCUCUCAGCUCAUCGUUCUGCAGCUCCAGGUUCUCUCAGCUCAUCGUUCUGCAGCUUCAGGUUCUCUCAGCUCAUCGUUCUGCAGCUUCAGGUUCUCUCAGCUCAUCGUUCUGCAGCUUCAGGUUCUCUCAGCUCAUCGUUCUGCAGCUUCAGGUUCUCUCAGCUCAUCGUUCUGCAGCUUCAGGUUCUCUCAGUUCAUCGUUCUGCAGCUUCAGGUUCUCUCAGUUCAUCGUUCUGCAGCUCCAGGUUCUCUCAGCUCAUCGUUCUGCAGCUCCAGGUUCUCUCAGCUCAUCGUUCUGCAGCUCCAGGUUCUCUCAGCUCAUCGUUCUGCAGCUUCAGGUUCUCUCAGCUCAUCGUUCUGCAGCUUCAGGUUCUCUCAUCGUUCUGCAGCUCCAGGUUCUCUCAGCUCAUCGUUCUGCAGCUUCAGGUUCUCUCAGUUCAUCGUUCUGCAGCUCCAGGUUCUCUCAGCUCAUCGUUCUGCAGCUCCAGGUUCUCUCAGCUCAUCGUUCUGCAGCUUCAGGUUCUCUCAGCUCAUCGUUCUGCAGCUUCAGGUUCUCUCAUCGUUCUGCAGCUCCAGGUUCUCUCAGCUCAUCGUUCUGCAGCUUCAGGUUCUCUCAGCUCAUCGUUCUGCAGCUUCAGGUUCUCUCAGCUCAUCGUUCUGCAGCUUCAGGUUCUCUCAGCUCAUCGUUCUGCAGCUUCAGGUUCUCUCAGCUCAUCGUUCUGCAGCUUCAGGUUCUCUCAGUUCAUCGUUCUGCAGCUCCAGGUUCUCUCAGCUCAUCGUUCUGCAGCUCCAGGUUCUCUCAGCUCAUCGUUCUGCAGCUUCAGGUUCUCUCAGCUCAUCGUUCUGCAGCUUCAGGUUCUCUCAUCGUUCUGCAGCUCCAGGUUCUCUCAGCUCAUCGUUCUGCAGCUUCAGGUUCUCUCAGCUCAUCGUUCUGCAGCUUCAGGUUCUCAUGGCUGCAGCAGAUCUCCUCUUGCCGACCCUGUGAACGUCCCUGGAUGCGUUGCAAACUUUCCUAAAGCGUGUAUAGCUGUGGAUAUCUGUAGCUUGGAGGCUGAUAUUUUUCCACAAUGAGAAGUUUUGGUGCGUUUCUGAAUGUUCUGCAAAAGCAGGAUGUAAAUGAGCAAAUAUGAGGGUACCGGGCAGAUCAAGGUCAUUUCUGGUCUCAGAGCCACUAUUACUGAUGUUAGGAACACUGACAUGAAAUCAAGAUGCCUCCACAAAGGUUUAUCUUAUCCAGCAAGUUACUGCUGCACUUUAUUUUUAGAUUCCUUCUUAUAAUAGAUCUGCUUGUUUCUCUGUUGAUUUGGACACAUCCUGUGAAACUCUGCCGCUCACAAACACUCAGGCAGAGGAGGAACAACGAUCAUUCUUCACCAAAAAGCAUCAAAUAUGGAGAAUAAAAAUACAGAACCAGAAUCUCUUUCCUACAAUUACUUCAUCUGCACACAUGAGGAGGCGUUGGAAGACCAGGUCUCUGCUUCCUUUAACACCGAAUAAAGCCGUGUGUAUAGAAAACGUUGUUAAAGUAUAAAGCAGCUUUAGAAUGUGAUUAGAGUCCAGAUGAAAACCUCCAUCUUGUUGUGCUUGAGGACUUAAAGAAAGACAUUUGCUGAGGAGACCAUCUCUGCAGGCAGGACCUCCAUCCGCCUCCAGCCGUGUGAGCUGAUUCGCUGAGGAUGCUGGGAGGAUUCCUCCGACAGACAUGGCAGCUAGCGAGAACAAAGUAGAAGGAGAAGGAGGACACAGAGGACUGAGAUAAAAAAACAGGAUCUAAGGACGGACCUCAAAGUUAAACCUCAUUAAAUGAGGCUGAGAUCAACAAAAGGAAGGAGUUUAAUUCUCCCUCUGGCCUCUAAGAGAAAUUAAAUCUGACCUUUUGGGCUGUGAAUGGUGAGUCAUUAGAGCAACACAAAGAAAAACACGAGUCAUGAGCAGAAGACACGACUCUUACUUCUGUGGUUCCACCACCAGGCUGCCUCUUCUACAAACCCUCAGCUGUCAAGCCGCCCAGGAGAAACCAGAAGUUAACUUCCAGAACGUCACUAAAUAAAAAAGAAAUAAUGCUUCCUUCCUCCACUGAGCCAAAAUGGCCACCAGUUUAUUUUAUUCUAACUCACAUCUACCAGUUAUGUCAAGCAGACGUCUCUCCAGAUCCAGUCAUGUCCCCCAUGUCUCCCCUCAUGUGCUACAAGCCCCGCCUCUCAUGCAUCUGGGGCCAAUCAGCUCUGCUGCUGAUUGUGACGCCACAGCCGUGUAGCCAAUCAGAUUUCUGUCACAGCGUGAAGCCACACUCAGGACCAGCUUCAGAAACCAGCACCAUCAGCAGCGUUGUCUUCUGCACCACGCUGAGUAGAGAUCUCCACGACGUUCAGGACGUCUCCAUGAAACACGUCACGGCUAAAGGUUUUAGAAACAGCAGGCAGAGGAAGACUGAGAAGUGAUUAUCCGUCACCUUCUGGACUCACAGCUUUCUGUAAGACUUUAUGUUGAAGGAUUCAGGAAUUACAGCCUUUUUAAGUCAGGUCCAGUUUCUCUGCAGCACGUUUCAGCAGCCAGGC